AUCCCCAAAACAAAGCCAUGCGUUCCCACCAUUCAAUGGGACGAAGAGCAGGGCAUAUGGCCGAGUGACGUCAAGAUGAAUUUCCAUGGUGACCCUGAUUAUGCGCUUUUCAGACAAAUUUUCAGCAUCUUCGACAAUAAUGUGCAGGACACUGACGAGGUACGCACCUGGUACGACAAAGUCAUGAUGCCGUUCAACGUCAACAACAUUGACGUCACUGUGUCAGCCAACUUCCUAUUUGGCGUCACGAAUGGAAUCAUUAAUGGCCUCUUCGAACCAUCGAUAUUAGAUGACCCUGACAUAAUGAACAUCUACAACGACACCGCCAGGAUGAUCGCUUUCAAGUCAGACCAACUUCUCUGACCGAGGCAGACCCUGGCGUUGACGUACUACCCCUCUGUCAUUGAGUUCUACUGGUUUGUGGCCAGGACGUACAACAAACUCCAGGAAACCCUGGACAGGACGGGAUCUCUGCCUCAUAAAAGGUGUUUGAAUACAGGAAGAGCAAUCGCCACAUCCACUUCUUCAACUAAAUUGUGUAUUACGUUGCAGGGCAUGAACCAGGUUCUGGCGGACUUUAAGGACGUGUUGAGAAGGUACGCAAGUCCCCGGCUCCUAGCCCUGGGAACACCGUCCUCGAUGUAUAACCUAUCCACUCUAUACUUCGACGACUUCCUCGGUGAUGCGGAUACAGACUACGACAACAAACCUGACCCCGAUCCUGAAGAUCGUAUAUUCACCACGUCGAUGGCCUUGACAGCUCUGCUGACCAUCUGGACGACGCAAGACCAGCACACAGGGAACAUGAUCUGGGAUCCAGAUACUCCUGUGGAUGUCAAGAGGGCUGCCAACCUGACGGUCACGUGGAUGUACUACAACAUCAACGGGAUGCAACCUCUGUUGCCAUGGAACGCUGUAUUCUCAGGAUCAUUCAAAGGCUCUACAACAGUCGGAUUCGAUUACCCGAUGAACAGACUUGAGUUAUUCAAUGGGACGAAAAUAAAUAGGACAGAGAUUCAUCCCCGAGGACGAGUACAAAGAAAUGAUGGAGAAACUUCACACCCAACCGUCUUCCACGGCUACAACAACAACGGAGAAUUCUUCCCCUUCUGGUCAUCUGAAGCCUACACCUACGUCAUCAGGUUGCUUGGAUUCGGGAAAUACAUUGGGACUAUGUAAUCGUGUUUGAAUACCAAUAAAUCCACAUGUUGUA